GUUGUGAGUGGCAGCAGUCGAGUGGAGAUGGUCUGCACUCUUCGUGGAUUACUCUUGUGUGGACACCACGGAGCCCUCAGAUGGACCCGCGUGCAUCCUCAGGGUUCUGCUUCAUGAUGGUCUGUCUGCUCUGGACUGCGCGUGCCUCCAGCCACGAGAAAAGGAGUUGUCCAUGUCCAGGAAUCCCUCAAAUGCCUGAAACUGAACCUCCACCAGAGAACUGCUUCAAAAUUAACAUGACUUUUCGCUACAAAUGCACAGACGGUUAUGUGAGGAAGGUGGGAACUUCAAAUCUCAUCAGAUGCAAACCUGAUAAUGGUUAUGCACAUUGGGUGCCUAACCCACCCACCCUGAAGUGUAUAUCGGACCCAAGCAGACCCACAGCAGCACCACCACUGAGCUCAGAGACAAAGGGACACACUUAUCUUCCCCAGGACUCCACCAUCUCCACCACAGACACUUCCUCCAGCCUCCAGAUGACUCGGACCUCGAGCCCGUCAGCAUCAGAGACUGCAGAGCCGACCCUGACAGACUACAUCCGGGCAGGAAACGUAGACGCUCUGACGCAGUGGACAACCACAAGCACAACGGAGCCUCCCAACAAUGUUCAUCCUCUCGUGCUUCAGUCCACCACUUCCAGACUCGUGAUCGGCUGUGCUUCAUUAGUGAUCGUCUGCGCUCUGAUGGGAAUCAGCUUCUUUUGUUAUAGAAGGAGGUCCAACGAGACCCCACCGCAGGCGGCAGACGAGCAGAUACCCAUGAAUCCUGCAGCAUGUGAGGAGCUGUCGUAGAGUUUGUCCCCUGCGACCGACUGGAGAACUGAGAUCGCCUCCGUCACACAUUUGUUGUUUUAAGUUGAACCAAAGAUUUAAACUGCACGAGAAACUUUAAUUUCGACCCUGUGACCAUUUGGUGCUACAACAGGCGUAAUCAGGUGAUAUUCUGAUAUUUCUUAUUGUCUUCAAAUCUCAUGAAAAACCAACUUACUCAAUCCUUCCAAAAACAACUACAGUCUGUUAAAACAAAGCAUCACAGGUCAUAUUGCUUUGUGCCAGAGAGCUCCAUUGCUCUGUAAAACAGAACAAGCAACCACAUCCACAUCUGAAAAUAUUCCCCGACUAAAAACAGUUCCCUUAAGAGCACAUUCUGCGGAGGAAGUUGUUAAGUGUUGUUUUCUCUGUGCAUGGGAAGAGUAGACAAUAAGGAACAGAUAGACUUGAUAAUUUAGGUGUGGAGCUUAUAAGACGACAGUGUGCGCCGUGUGUUUGGAUGAACUGGACUAAAAGAGUAAAAGGAUAUUUCCAUUAGAAAGACAGAUCAGCAGGCAACAGAUCAAGUACACCGUUUGUCAGAGGCAGAAAUACAAAUAAAUGUAGCAAUGCACAAAUGUAAAUGAUGUAUAAAAAGACUUUAUUCACUCUUCACUCAGGAUGUGGGAGGGUCAGCAGGCUAACUGAGCAGCUACCUAAAGAGCAGCUACCUAACGAUCAAAUAUCAUCGAUGUCUUUAAGAUAAAUAUAUAUAUAUAUAUAUAAAACUUAUAUGAUUUGUGUUCCCAGAAUCAAGUCAAGAUGGUACCGUGGCACUUUGUGAUAUCGGCACAUCGGUUACAUAAUCCGAAGAUUCGAUCAUUUCAUGAUAAUAAUAACAAUAAGCACCUUUCAUACAAGAAUUGCAGCUCAAAGUGUGUCACAGCAAAAAUGUAACAAUUAGUACAAGGACAGAAUAAGAGCAUUUACAGUACAAUAAUCACA